CUACCGACUUCUCUUCUUCUUCUCUUCUUCUCUUCACCACACACAUCGCAAGUUGACACAACUCUCUGAGCCAACCCCAACGCCAUUCGAAAACCAAACUUUCAGUAAGUGAAUCCGUCUUAUCACACAAACUCACUCGCAACAAUGAAUGCUAACACGAUAUCUACCAGAGAUGUCUCCGAAAAGAUACGACAUCCGCAAGCGGGCUCCGAGGCCCGCUGCUGCCGCCGUGAAGCCUGCCCGCAACGCCCCCAAGAUCACCAAGGCCGCCAGCGGCAUCUCCAAGUCCGGGCGCGCCAAGAAGUACAUCUAUGCCCUCAAGGCCAGCACCAUGGCGCGGCUCGCGGACAUGGAGUUCGACGUGCACACCACGCUCGUGGAGGGUGCGCGUUUCUACCUCCAGCCUGGAGGUAGGAAGCGCAUCCCAAGCGGCGUGGUGUCCAUGGUCAUCACCACGCCCGCUGGGGUCGACGCCCAGUGGCCGGUGGAGCUGGACUUCGAGGAGAUGGACUGGGAGGCGGUCAGGGGGGAGGCGCAGCAGCAGGAAUUCGAGAUGGAAGAAGACGACGAGGAAAUGGAAGACGAGGAUCAGGAUCACGACCAGAAUGAGAUGGAAGACGAAGACGAGGGCCAGGAUCACGACCAGAAUGAGAUGGAAGAAGAAGACGAGGGUCAAGACCAGAAUGAGAUGAAAGAAGAAGACGAGGAUCAGAAUGAGAUGGAAGAAGAAGACGAGGAGGAGAUGCAGAAGGAGGAGGAAGAAUAA